AAAACGACUUAGUAAAGUAAAUAAAAAAUGAACUUUUCUUUGCUAAUAGAAUUUAAACAAUUUCUAAUGUACCCAAAGUAACAGUGUGGAUAUGUUUACUGUAAUGAAAACGUGUAUUUGUAAAUAUUUUACUUGAUAAACAGACCAAAAAAAAUGAUUGUGUUCGUUCAAUGGAUUUAUCUUCAUCUGAAAGUCAAAGACUUAACUCUUUACACUCUUACGUGCGCGACACGUUAAACUAAAACCCAACACCCCGUCUGUGAUGGAGGACUCACCCACGUCAACAAUGGACACGCCCACAACCAUGGACCUCCUGGACGUCAACAUCAGCUCCCAAGACAACGCCAGCAACGUGACCUUGUACCCGUUGUUCAAACAGGAUCUUCCCAUGAUCCUUAUCCAGGUCACGAUGAACGGCGUGGUGGUCAUUCUCUCCGUGCUGGGCAACCUCUCGGUGCUGUGUGUCGUCAUCAAGGACAGCCGCUUCCAUUCGGCGACCUACUUUUUCAUCGCCAACCUGGCCGUGGCUGACCUACUUAUGGCGGUCGUCUGCCAGCCCAUUACGGUGGUUUCCAACAUCGUCAACGGUUGGCUGUUUGGUGCUUUCAUGUGUAAGGCGGUGCCGUACCUGCAAGGGGUCUCUGUGAGUGCUUCCGUCAACACCUUGGUAGUCAUAGCAGUGGACAGAUACAUGGCCAUCUGUCACGUGAUGCGACAACGGAACACCAAGCGCAUGGCCCGCGUGAUCCUCGUGCUGAUCUGGGCCAUCUCCCUGGCCCUCAUGACCCCCUGGGCCGUCUACUACACCCACGACUUCUACGCCAACGGCCCACAGACCAUCCCGAUCUGCGUCGAGGCAUUCCCUCACGAAUCCUACAAAAAAGCGUUCUUUCUUGGCGUCAUAUUUCUCAUGUGUUACUCCUUACCCCUGCUUCUCAUCGGGGCGUGUUACUUCUUGAUCGGAUACCGGGUCUGGAAUCGCGACGCCCCUGGGAUCACCUCCAGCAAAGGCGUCAUCGAGAAGUCCAAAGUCCGCGUCGUCAAGAUGCUGGUGGUGGUCGUCUUGCUGUUCAUGUUCUCCUGGAUGCCGCUGUACAUCCUCCGGCUGACCCAGGACUACGGUGACUUCGACGUCACGCACAGCGAGCGGGUCAACCGCUUGAUCGCGCCGUUCGCGCAGUGGAUCGCGACCUCGAACAGCUGCAUGAACCCUCUGGUGUACUGUCUGUUCAGCCAGAAGAUCCGCCGGCGGAUCCGAGCCAUGCUCUGCUGCACCAAACCGGAAGCCAGGAGCCUGUACUCGACACGCUCCACCUACAACAGCGCCUUGCAGCAUAGCACCAGCACCCGAGACUCGCUCAUGCUCGACAACUGCGUCAACGGGAACGGCGGGCACUUCUGCGGAACCGGAAGCCUGUACCACCAUCGGCCGUCGCGACAGGACAGCAAGACGAUACGCUGGAACAAUGUCAGGUCGACCCACGUCUGAGUUAUAUUCUAGUCACGUGAUUUUUGAACAAGGAUUGUAUUGUUCUAGUUUUUGAACUCUGAUCUAGUCAGUAUAAAUCAGGUGGCCUGAAUAAUAUUCAGAUUUUAAGAAAGAAAGGAAAAAAGCGAAACAGGAUAACACAGGAGCGUUAUCGCUUCUAUUUGAACCAAACACUUAAUCCUGGAUUAACCCCUGCAUCACUGCCAAUUUCUGUGCUUCGUUUUUCUAUGGAUAAUAAAAAAAAAAUCCUAUGGUUAAAAAAAAUGAAGGAAAACAAAAAUACACGUUAAUCCUUUAUAUUUUAAUCUCGUUUUUUUACUUGAAAAAUAAAUAUUGUUUUGUAUGUUCAAUCGCUUCAAUUAUGUACAAACAUAUUUUAAAAUUCCUACAUAUAAAAAAAAAAGAAUCGACUACCAUUUCUAUUGUGUAUUGUUCUAUAUACGGAUGUCUGGUAAAGUUCAAGCGCUUUUAAACAAAUUUAAACAACAACGCGUUC